AUGACGGAGGAAAGAGCGACAAGAGAUGAGUUUGGGAGUCUGGGAGUCUGGGUCUGGCUGGGCGACACACGACAGGACACGCUGCAGUUCAGGACCCUGAAACGUCGGACUGAGGACACUUUCAAGGCGCACGCUCACACCCGCACGGACCAAUUCGCCGUCGCGAAGCAGCUCGAGGGACUACAGGAGAAAUUCCAGGUCCUUAGUAGAGAUGAGCUGGCAGACGCCCUUCGUGCCCGGCUGACGGAGCUGGACCAGCAUCGCAGUCCCUGGUUUCCAGAGAUCUUAUCUUUACUGUUGCAGCUGGCGGAUCACCCUGCUCAGUUCUCAAAGGUCGAUCAGGUCGCAAGACCCAAGCUCAGAGAGGAAGUAAAACCACUCGUCUGGAACCAGCUGGACGCUGCUGGAUCAGCGUACUGUGAGGAGGAUAUUUGGGAGAGUGUAGACUUUGGUGCUGAUUCGUCGGAUGACGACCUUUCAUCCAUAUCCACUGACAGCUACCGUACGCGGAAUGAAACACAAACGUCCAUAGACAUAGAGGACGAUUAUGUGAUCCCCGAGGAGCUCUUUACUUCCGGGGAGGAUGACGAGCUCAUGAACUUGAUCAAAAGAGCACAGUUCUGGAAUAGUGCAGAGAACCCGGUCGCUGACCAGGGCGAACCCUCUUCUCGGGUCAUCACGGAGCUGCAGGUCAUAAGAGAGACUGUAUUCAUGUUGCAAGGACUGCCAACAUCUCUUUUCUGGCGACUUGACGGUAGGGUCGAAAUAUCCAGGAGAUACGCAGUCGCAAAAUUGUCGAAUGUGACCUUCCUGUCACUCCUGCGAGCAUUGAGCUCGAUCGGGACCAAACUGGAUCUUGUCAGGCAAUUUAACAAAUUGCCACAGACCAUUCCAUAUAUGCAGACUUUUCAUCGAGGCGUUGAGAGUCAUCUGAGCAGGUUUGAUACAUUCCUGUCGAGCGUGCAACUCCAGCUUCUUUCUCGAGCGUCAACCGUGUCUGCCAGUCUUCUGCAGGUCUUUGAAGAUGUUCGCCGUGAAUCUAGACUGCUCUUGAUGUUAUCGGAACUUGUGUCUAGCCUUGUAUCUGAUGUAUCGGGGUCUUCCAUGCGGUGCCUUGAUUUAAUGUACGAUCUAAUUUGCCUGACUCAAGCUACCGGUGAUGAUGAUGGGUUCAUUAACCUUGCUGAAUUGUUCUUUUCGUGUUUCGAUGUUUAUUCUCGCCCAAUCCGCCUCUGGAUGGAAACAGGGCAGCUGGAAGCUUCACCCGGAAACGAAUUAUUCAUUCUUGAGAACCGAAAUCAUGGUGAUCUGCGGACGCUAUGGCACGAUUGGUACACACUGGACGCGGCUUCAAGACUUCUAGAGGCCCCGAAAUUUAUCCACCCGAUCGCGCACAAGAUCUUCAUCACGGGCAAGAGCAUGAUGUUUUUGCGACACCUAAAUAUGUCUGAGAUUGAAGAAACAAUAAGUAUGUCUUCUUUGACAUUUGAAGACGUAUUACCAGCAGGCUCCGCUUCAUUCUGCCUUCCCUUUUCCAUUCUGCUCGAGACUGCAUUCGGGAGGAUGGUGGACAAAAACCACUCCUAUGCGUCAGCGCUGCUGCGCAAAGAACUUGACCAGCAAUGCGGCUUGUGGAGGUCGCUUGAAGCCUUGGAGUACAUCUAUCUUUGCAAGGAUAUGAGCAUAUUUGGACCAAUUGACAGCAAGAUAUUUGAUCUUAUCGAUCGAGGGAAAGGCGCCUGGAGUGACCGGUUCCUCCUGACAGAACUAGCCCAGAGCUCCUUCGAUAUCCUGCCUUUGGUUGAUCCUUCUAGGCUCAUUGUCCGAACAAACCAGGACGCCCAUAUUGACACCAGUAGUCGCAACAGAUCAGUCAAAAUCCUCAACGCUAUCUCAUUUGACUACAUUCUACCCUGGCCCGUCGCGAAUAUCAUUACCAAAGACGCCAUCUCGGGCUACCAGCGUAUUUCCACAUUCCUAAUGCAGAUCCGCAGAGCAAAGCAGACAAUCGUGAAACAGCGUCUGCAGCACAACAACCAAUCCGACAAAAUCCAGGACACUCGAAACAACACAUUGAGCUAUGCCCUACGGCACAACAUGAUCUGGUUUCUCAACGCUCUAUACAGCCACAUGACGGACUUUGUUGUCUCCACGGCUACCGCGUCGCUCCGUAAAACCCUCUCUGCGUCCGCUGACGUGGAUGCCAUGAUCGCAGCACAUCACUCGUACAUGUCUUCUUUGCAGGAACAAUGUCUUCUGUCCGCAAACCUACACCCUCUUCACAAAGCAACCAUCACCAUUCUAGACCUCUGUGUUUGCUUCGCAGAUAUCCAAACCUCCCGUUAUGGUGAUAACCACCUUGACCAUGCCCGGACUGCAAGCAAGGGCAUGAAAGGCCUCAACCGGGGUGCUGCAUAUGAUGACGAUGAACAGAGUGAUGAUGAGGACAAAGAGGAAGAUGAAUCCGACAUUGACGAUGACAAACUCGCUGCCUCUUUCCACGAAACACAUUACCUCCAACGAGUGCGCGACAUCAAAGAUCAGUUCGAUCGACUGGUUUCUUUCAUGGUAGCCGGUCUGAGGGGUGUAGGACGGGUUGAUGGCCAGAUCAGCUGGGAGAUCUUGGCCGAGAAACUUGAAUGGCGCAAAGCAGGUGGACAGCAGGGACUUUAACUCGUGUUAUUAUUUUUCUUAGGAUUUGGAUUACUGGCUAGGUCGUGAUACCCGGGAAUUGGAAUAUUAUUUG